AUGUUAGUACCGUUUUCUGCCUUGAGUACGAGGACAUUAGGCCGGCUCCAAGCUUUACGAUUAGGUGUUAUUCUUUCCAAUGAGUUCCCUUGUUAUGUUACACCUCUGACACAACUGAGGUUCUAUGCAGACAAGAAAAGAGGGAAGCGCAAGUAUAUCGAGUCAGUUGUUGUGAAACAAACCAAAACUUCCAAACAAGUGCUCGAUGUUUUUGCUGACAUGUCAGCGAAAGAGCUUUCAGAUACGCUUCAAAUAUCGUUAGAUGAGAUCGCAGAUACGGUACUUAAUAUGGACUCUCGCACGAUAGAUGGGUUUUCGGAAACGGGGCCUUUGAAUCAAGAUUUAAUUAUAAAAGUUGUUGCAGCUUAUAACUUCAAACCAAGAAUUGUAGCUAGGAAAUUAAAACAAUCGAAUGAUUUUCAAGAUGAUCUCGUUCCUCAAGCUCCAGCGAUGGCUGAAGAUUGUGUGAAAAGACCUCCCGUUGUCACCAUAAUGGGACACGUUGAUCACGGAAAAACGACACUUCUUGAUGCUUUGAGAAAUUCAAAAAUAGUAGAAGGGGAAUUCGGUGGGAUAACCCAGCAUAUCGGCGCGUUUUCAGUACAACUGAAAACUUCGGGACGGAAAGUUACUUUUCUGGACACUCCCGGUCAUGCAGCGUUUGCUUCGAUGCGAGCAAGAGGUGCGCAAGGUGCUGAUGUUGUAGUAUUGGUUGUAGCUGCUGACGAUGGGGUCAAAGAACAAACUGUGCAAUCUAUCAAAUUCGCUCAAUCGGCUGGAGUCCCCAUUGUUGUUGCUAUCAAUAAAUGCGACAAGCCAUCAGCUGAUCCGAUGAGAACGAAGAGAGCUCUUUUGGAGCAUAAUGUUGUCGUUGAAGAAUUAGGAGGGGAUGUUCAAUGUAUUGAAGUUUCGGCUCUUCAUAAAAAAAAUUUAGAUGCAUUACAAGAGGCUCUAGUGAUUCAAGCAGACGUUAUGGAUUUGAAUGCAACUCCAAAAGGGUUGGCAGAGGGUGUUGUGAUUGAGGCAUCUGUUGUUCAUGGAAUUGGCAAGAUAUGCACAGUUGUUGUAACAAGAGGAACGCUGAAGAAAAACUCCAUAUUGGUAGCAGGGAACGCAUGGUGUAGGAUACGCACAAUCACCGACGAACAUGGGAAGAAUGUAUCUUCAGCACCUCCAAGUACUCCUGUUAGAGUCUCCGGUUGGAAAGAAGAUUUACCUUCUCCAGGUGAUAUCGUGUUGGAAGCUUCCACCGUUGAUAGAGCUCAAAAAGCUGUUACGUAUCGAAUGAAAGUUGAUAUGGACAAGAAAGCGGAAAAGGACUGGGAUGCCAUCGAAGAAAAACGAGCAGCCGAGAGAGAAAUAUAUCUUAAUAAUCGACAACAGCUUUUGGCAAAAGGAUAUAGAUUCGGAUCAACAUUGAGGAGGAUUGUUCAUAGAGAAAACAGACUGGAGAAACAGGUUGAUGAUGGAUUCCCUCGACUCAAUAUUUUGGUUCGCACUGAUGUGGAUGGGACACUGGAGGCAAUUAUGGAUAUAAUUAACACUUAUGAAAGUGAACAGUGUCGUUUUGCAGUAGUUGAUUUUGGCGUGGGGCCGCCGACAGAGAAAGAUGUUGAAAUCGCAAAAGAGACAAAUGCUUUGAUUUAUUUGUUCAACGUUCAACCGUCUUCGAAUGUGAAAUCCAGCGCCGAAUCUGAGGGUAUUAGAGUAGAGCAUUUCAAUGUUAUUUAUCGACUCGUGGAGAAUCUUAAAUCCGAGCUAUCAAGUCAGCUACCCACUAAAACCGAGCUUGAGCUAGUAGGAGAAGGACAUGUUCUGAAAGAAUUUUUGAUUUCCGAUCGAGCAAGGAAGAAGCAACCUAUUGCAGGAUGUUUAGUGGAUUGGGGAAAUUUCCAAAAAAAUUGUAUUUACAAGUUUAUACGCGGUCAGAAUGUGGUUUAUGAAGGAUAUAUCGAAUCCAUGAAAUGUGAGAUGGAAGUUGUUGCUCAAGCCAAAACUAACACAGAAGUCGGAAUAGCUUUAGAUAAUAAAAGUAUCAGGUUCAAGGAAGAUGACAGGAUAGAAGUUUAUCGUGAGAAUGAAGUCAAACAAGAAAUCGAUUGGGACCCACCAGGAUUCUGA